AUGGCGUCUGACCAGUUGCAAAGGAGAGAGAACGCGAGUGUUGAGAGAGAGGUGCACAUUGAGAAGGACAGGGUGACGAAGAUGACAACGCAUUUUGAGCAUCUUGCUGAGGAAGUUAAGGAAUCUGAUGAUAGCAGCAAGGACACUCCUCAAGGUACACAGUUUGAGUCUCUUGCUGACAAAGUGAAAGGUGGCGGUGAACAUGGAGGUAGAAGAAGCGAGAAUGUAGCGGCGAGUGAUCAAGCUCAACAUCAUAAUGUGGGGAAGUUCGAGAGCGGAGAAGAACUUGAAGGAAGAACAAGAGAGGUCAGAGGCAGUGUGCCGGAGAGGAGUGGUGAAAACAAGGAGAGUGUGGGACAAGUUACUGCUGAGAAAGCAAGAGGAGGAGACAGAGGAAGAGAGGAGGGUGUUAGUGAAGGACAGAGGUUGCAAGAGGCUAUAGGUGGUGGUGGUGAUGGUGCUGAAACAGAAGCUGCCAAAGCAAAGAGGAACCAAGAGCAAGAGAUUUUUCAGGGAGGAAGAGUUGGCGGUGGUGCUGCUGAAACCGAAGGUGCAAAAGCAGAGAGGAAUCAAGAACCAGAAGAAGCUCAAACGAAGAAUGAAAGUGAGACCCUUGGAAGCAAAGAACAAACUGCACCGCAACAAGGCUAUGUUGACGCAACCAAAGAAACACUCUCAGGUGGAGCAAAAGCUGCAGCAGAAUACACUGCGCCGGUUGCGGAGAAAGCCAAAGACUACACCCUGCAAGCUGCUGAGAAGGCCAAGGAUGUCACGGUGGAGAGCGGCAAGACUGCCGCAGAGUACGCUGGCAAGACUGCCGUGGACUUGAAGGACAAGGCGACCGUGGCAGCAUGGAAGGCGGCGAAUUUCGGCACGGAGGUGACCGUGGAAGGGACUAAGACUGCAGUACAUGUGGUGGAGGGGGCUGCCGGGUAUGCUGGUCAGAAGGCGGCUGAGCUGGCAGUGAAGUCGGUGGGUGCUGUGAAAGGAUUGGCUGCUUCUGCUGGUGAGACUGCUAAGGAGUACACUGCAAGGAAGAAGGACGAAGCUCAGAGGGACUUGGACCUCAAGAAAGCCUCUCAAUUUCAGGAAGAGAGGACAACACAAGGGGUCGGCGAAACUGUGAGCCAAGAGGGAACAGGAAGCAGUGUGUUAUCGUCCAUUGGAGAAACUGUGGGAAAUGUUGGUCAGCAGAUAAAGAAACCAUUUCAAAACAUCACUGGAAGUGGACAAACUGAAGAGAGCAACAGAAUUCAACAAGGGCAGCAACAGAUUCAGCACGAGGGUGGUGAAGCAAUGACAAGAGUUGGUGAUGUGGCACAAAGGGUGAAGAAGCCAUUGGACACCAUCACUGGUAACAUCACUGAGGGAGGUGGUGAGGUUUUGGGAGCUGUUGGUGAAACUGUGGGCGAGAUUGGUGAAUCAAUGAUCAAACCUGCUGAGACAGCUCAAGAACAGCAUCAAGGUAAAGAGGGACAACAAGGUGGUGGUGUGCUUGGUGCCGUUGGUGAAACCAUUUCCGAGAUUGCACACACAACUAAGCUCAUGGUUGGUGGUGAGGAAGAAAGUGAGACGAUGCACAAGAAUGUUGAAGGGAGGAGGAAGAACCCUUGAUUUGUGUGAUCACUAAAAACUGAUCCUGCUUUCUU